AUGAGCGAAGACCCUUGGGACACUGUAUGUGCUGUGCAGGGACACAUGGGAGUGCAGGGACACAUGGGAGUGCAGGGACACAUGGGAGUGCAGAGACACAUGGGAGUGCAGGGACACAUGGGAGUGCAGGGACACAUGGGAGUGCAGGGACACAUGGGAGUGCAGGGACACAUGGGAGUGCAGGGACACAUGGGAGUGCAGGGACACAUGGGAGUGCAGGGACACAUGGGAGUGCAGGGACACAUGGGAGUGCAGGGACACAUGGGAGUGCAGGGACACAUGGGAGUGCAGGGACACAUGGGAGUGCAGGGACACAUGGGAGUGCAGGGACACAUGGGAGUGCAGGGACACAUGGGAGUGCAGGGACACAUGGGAGUGCAGGGACACAUGGGAGUGCAGGGACACAUGGGAGUGCAGGGACACAUGGGAGUGCAGGGACACAUGGGAGUGCAGGGACACAUGGGAGUGCAGGGACACAUGGGAGUGCAGGGACACAUGGGAGUGCAGGGACACAUGGGAGUGUAG